AAUUCCUUUCAUGGGAAGAGAAAAGUUGAUGCAUGUACAAUUUUAAAAAACAAAUAAAAAGGAACAGGAAAUUUACUGCGUGGAAUGAUAUAGCAUUUCGUGGAUUUUCGUGACAUGGCAAAGAUUUAGUGGCUUAACUUUAUCACCAAUCACCAUAGCCAUGAGCAGAAAUUUCCGAGGUACCGUGGCAAGGUAAACUUACUUUCUAUGCUUGCAUUGGACAGUAUAAAUUUUCUUCUAGUUUAGAGGGAAUUUUGCUAUCCAAUGCAAACGAACUCGAUCCUCACUCAGCGUUUUCUUCUGUAUUUGACAGGAAUAGAGUUACCUCAGAGGAGGGCUGGCUUACAACAAUUGAAUGUGAUUAUGGAUUAUUCAACGAUAUCCACCAUGACAUUGGUGCCCAUGUCAUACACAAUCUCUUCCUUCAAAUCCCAUCACUUGGUAGAAAUGACUAAAGCAGCAAAACCAGUGAUCGGAAAGUACUACCGCGAGCCGAAGAAAUCUGGGCCUAUACCAUUUCACUUGAUGAAGAAUCUAGUCACAAGCCUUAGACAGGAUCAUUAUGCGGACAACAUUGGAGAUAUAGUAUAUUAUCACUCUGAUCCACAGCUGUUUCAGUUAUUUUCCCUUGGCAAAUCUGAACGAUAAAGAAAAUAGCUGAAGAUUAAGGACCAUAAUUUUUUCGCUUGUUUCAACAUCAUGUGACAGGGAGUCUGUACUUUUUUUUC